UUCAAACAAGAAAAAUUAGCCAACAUUAGACCCGUAUCCGACUUUUUUGAUAGAAAUCGAUUCAGGCCCACAACUUCAUUUCCAGUUGUAACGCAGAGAUGGAACUACAAUUUACAGUACUUUUCAUCCAACUAUGUACUAGUCAUGAUUUGCUUAGCCAUGUACGCUGUGCUGACCAACUGGUUCUUGUUAUUUACAAUUGUAUUCAUUUAUGGUGGAAUUCACAUGAUUUCAAAGCUGAGUGAGUCAGGUUCUAUUGCCAGUAUUCCAAUCUCUAUGCCCAAGUUAUAUACAGGUUAUGCAAUAGGCUCACUUUUGCUCCUUUUUAUCUCAGGAGCCACUAGCACUAUCUUUUGGAUUAUUGGUGCAGGUGUUUUAAUCAUAUUGUGUCACGCAACCAUGUUAGAACCCGGGCUUGAAGGCGAUUUUGCU